AUGCGACUCACCCUCGCCCUCACCCUCCUCCUCCCCUUCCUCCCCGCCCUCACAACAGCAACACCCCAACUCCCCUCCCCCUCCCUCUCCCUCCCAACCAUCCUCCCCACAACCCUCGUCGCCAUCCCCAUCACCACCGCGCCAACCUCCCCAUCUCUCCCUACCCUAACCGCCGCACCAAACACCACGCGCGCAUGGACGUGGUCACGGCAAACCGGAACGACAUCUCGCCGCCGGUGGACGCACUGGGAACCGAUUCCCAUCUUCAGCAAGAGCUGCGAUUGUCCGGAUGUGAAGACGGUGGCGAGGCCUUGUUGGGCGACGGAUGCGUUGAUGCUGACCAUACUUCCUCGCAGCGCUGCGAAUUCGAAAACCUGCACUCCUUUGCCUGCUGGACGAGCGCGGCCUUUGGCUGCCCUUCGCCGACGCGCGUGGUCAACCUCUGCCCGUGAGUACCACCACUACUUCGCUGGGAACCUCUUCCGGAGAGGUUAUUACACCCACCAUUACGAUUACGCCUACGCCUACGAUUACGGAAAUCGAGACGGAGACGGAUAUAGAGACAGAGACGGAGACGGAGGAGGAGUGGGAGGUGCAGACCGAGGCGCCGGUGCCGGUGGUGAGGAGGGGGCGGUGGAGGGCGGUUCCUGGUUGGGAGUAGAGGGAUGGACUGGCCGGGAACCUUAG